AUGGAGACCUCCACUACCUAUUCCACAUUUGCUUCAGUUCGUAUCACCUGUGAACCAGAGAAAAAGAAACAAAUUAUUUGCAAGAUAACCAUGCCAAUGUAUGUAGCUGUGAAGGAUAUUGGUCCUCUUGAUAGGGAGAAAACAAUCAGAGUAAAAUGUGUACGGUGUUACGAAAUCUAUGAAAAAGGCUCUACAGAGAUUAAGAGUCGAGAAGUUUUGUUGUGUGAUGCAGAGAUAGAUAUACCGCCACGUAUUUACAUGUCUCUAGCAAUAAUGGAUUUCCUUAUGGGCUCUUUCAUCCAUUUGAACCUCCAAAGUAAUGAUGUCAAAAAAUACAACAAUGUUUUCCAAGAAGGGAAGCUGCUAAACUCUAAGACUCAGGUAAAGGCCAUAAAAUCCAAAGGUUUCCCUACUAAGAUGUUCCAGCUUAAAAGUUUUGACUCUUUGAAAGACCCUACUCAGGUGAAUGACAAGGUGCUGUUUGAUUUAAUAGGCAGAGUUGUAGAGAUCCAUGCUCCUGUAGACAAAAUAAUAGGGGGUAGACCAGCCAAACUCCUAGACUUCAAAAUGGCUGAUAAUGAGGGUAAUUUCUUGCAGUGCACUGUGUGGGACUCUCAUGUUGGUGCCAUGCUACCAUACUAUGAUUCAGGUCUUAAAGAACCAUUAAUUCUGGUUCUUCAGCUAUGUCGGGCAAAGGUGGUCAAUGGUGAAGUCAGAAUAACUAGCUGCUAUGAUGCUACCCAACUCCAUUUCAAUGCAUCUUUCCAAGAAUUUGCUGAUUUUAGGUCUCAGUUAAAUGCUUCAACCAGUCCUUUACGAAGUAUAAGUACUGCAACAGUGCUGUCCCAAUCCACAUGCAUUGAUGAUUUUACAAGUGGUGCCUUGACUGUAACUGCAGUCAAGGAGCUAUUGAACAAGACAAAGAAUGGUGAAUUUUAUGUACCUGCUGAAAUUGUUGCAAUUGACGGUUCUUUUGGAUGGAUGUACAUAUCUUGCAUGUCCCCGGGAUGUAACAGGAAACUUUUUAAUGAUGGGACUGAUCUUGAAUGUACAAGUUGUGAUAAGAAAUACAAACAGGGUAUGGCCAGGUAUCGUGUAAGAGUGAUUGUCCUAGAUAAAGGUCUUGGAGACGCUCCGUUCCUAUUAUGGGAUAGGGAGUGUUCUGAAUUGGUUGGUAUCCCGGCACACAUUCUGUACACAAAGUAUAAUAAGGUUUGUGACAUCCCAAAAGAGUUGGAAUCAUUAGUCGGAAUGAGAAUGGUAUUCAAGAUAUCAUUAAAAUUGGAGUACAUGAAGGGAUCUAAUGCAGCAUACACUGUUAUGAAAGUUCUAAGGGAUGAAGCCUUGGUGUCAGCAUACUGUUCUAAACUCAUUGAAGAACAAGACAAGGACUUGAUAUCAAGAAUGAUAGAUGAGGACGAGGAGGAAGAAGAUGAGUCUGAUCAGGAAGCUUCAAAUGGAGGGAAUGAGGUCAACAGCCCAUUACCUAUGCAACAGUCUCAAAGCCUAGACCAUGAAACUUUAGAGGCUGAUGGUGUUAAGCGAUCUCUUAUGGACCAAUUCUCCUCCUCUUGCAAGAAGGGCAAAACAGUUGCUGUUAAGCAAGAGAAGAUUUAA